AUGACCCAACCUUCUCCCGCCUUCCGCGAUAGCCUAUACUCCACCGACUCCACAACGACCUACGCCUCUACCCUAUCAUCCCUUACUUCAUCCCUCGGCCUCACUGAAUCGCCACUACCUCCCGCUAAGAAGACUAUGGCUGUCCUCGAGGACGUACGGGACCGGAGCGAGGACUAUCGCCGGCAAGCGAUGCUGUGGGGGUCCAAGUCGCGCGGGGAUCUCAAGACUGGUGGAGGAGUGUCCAAGCGGGUCCAGUCGAUCGAGAACCUCAGACGGUCCGAGCGGCCGGCACAGACAUCGCAGGCGAAGGAGAGCGGGUUGGGCGGAGAUACGCGGAAAGAGACUAUCACUCAACGUCCUUCCUCAUCUCAACUUCGGAACCGCCCUUCAUCGUCGCAGCUCAGCUCCGACACCACUCAGUCCCGCACCCCUCGUCAAUCUCAGCCGGUGAUCGAGCGGGCGCAGGCGGCAACCGGACCUGCUGUCCCUCCAACCAAAAAUCAAGUCGCCAUGCCCAGGCGCCGUCCUCCUCCUCCGGCCGAAGCCACACUCCGUCCCCCUCAAUCGCAGCACCCGCCCGCUUCUCUAGCGCGGUCCGAGUCGACCAUGGCGGAAGACUGGGAGGCGGAGCUCAUUCGCGAUGCUCAAAAAUUGCAAUUGCGUCCUCCCCCUACGGCCGUGGUCACGAGGCAGCCGUCCAGGGAGCAGGUCAGGCCGUCGGGAGAGCGGGACGAGUGGGAGAUGGCGGCGAUGAUGAUUGAUAGGCGGGAGACGGGGAGAGAUACGGAGGAGACUAUGAGGCGGGGUGCAGCUAGGGAGAUCGCCUAUCCACCGGCUAUGCCACGCCUGGCGAUUCGCGCUGCUCCUACAGGCGUCACUUCCAUCCAUGUCGGCGUCCGUCCCCGGAUCCACCCUUCCCGGACCGAAGAAUCACUCUCGCGAAACCAGCCCGACGCGCACCUCCCCGAACCCCUCUUCUCGCCUCACCCAUCUCAAGCCCCACUCGCUUCCCCGUCGGACGCCGGAUCAGGCGACGGCACCGUUCGCGGCAGCUACAACACAAUGUACAAGAGCGAGCUCGCCGAGAAGGCCAAAAAGGAGUAUGAGGACUGGCUCGCCAAGAAGGCGGAUAGAGAGGGUGGAAGAGACGCGGAUGGCGGAUACGGAGUACAGGAAUGGGUCCCGCGGAAUCGGAAACAGGCGAGGUUCGGCGAGCUCAAUCAGCCGGUCUCGAUACACCCGGAUCCGGUAGAAGCGGCUGCGAAGCUGGGGAUGGGGAUGGGCAUGGCUGGAUAUGGCCAAGGUCAGGAUGGCAUGGCGGGGUACGGACAGGGAUACGGGUAUACCGGCUAUCCGUACCCUGUGCAGCAGCCACAAGGCGGACAGCAGGCGAUCGGCGGACCGCAAUACGAGACUCAACAAACGCAGCAAGUGGCUGGCGAUCCCGUCCAGCAAGGCCAUGGCGAAUACGAUCCCAACGCCGACCCUUACGGCUAUUGGGACCAGAUGGCAUAUUGGUGGGCAAUGGCGCAGAUGGGCAUGUUGAGUAUGGAGGAUAUGCAAGCGAUGGGGAUGGGCGGAGGUAUGGGAAUGCAAGGAAUGACGGAGGGUCCAUCGCCUAUCACAAGCGAGGGGAGCAGCACGCAGGGUUCUUCAGAAGAUGAGCAGACACCGCACAUUCGAUUCGCCAAGUCACCCGUCAAGGACAAAGGCAGGGCCAAGCGUCAGCCCUCGACGACCGACAUCCAGCAACAAGCAUUACUGCAGCAGCAACAGCAGCAGCAGAUGCUGGCCUAUCAGCAACAGCUUCAGCAGUACGGUCAAGAGAUGUACGACCCGUAA